AUGCCUGGAACAAAAGAUGAGACACUGAUUGAAGAUCAGCAGCCUGGAGUGGAGGGCGGCGAGCUGGGCGUCAUAAAAGGAAGUCGAAGAACGAAUACGGUUUGGAUCUCACGCACGAAGGAAUGGAGUUUUCGGAUAGGCGGGCUGUCCGACCGCGACCGGCGGAUCAAGGUAUGGCUCCUCCAGUUUUUCGCGUCUGACUCUCCCUACCUUUAUUACAUAUUCCCGUCCACCACGUCGACGAUCUGUGCUGUCAUGCUUUACAUUCUGCGCUCUUUAUUCUGUUUCCGCCGCCAGGUGUGGCAAAACAUAGUCUCCGAAACCGAGAGCAGCCGAACUGAUCCCUUCCAGUGCGACGAGAAACGGCCCAGCUGCUCAAACUGCUCCAACCAUGAUAUCGAGUGCACGUUCGCGACUGCUGCCACCUCCAAAUCAGAUUCAUCGGCACCAGAGUCCUCAGGAACCCCCACAAGUCGGUCUCCCCGCCGAUUCCGACCUUACCAAUUCUCAACCGGCGGCCUAAAGCAAACCUUCAGACUUGCAAAGCCGCAAGAACCCGAACCACAAUCAACCAACACCCGAUCAACAGCAACACAAUGUAAUAUCCUAAAAGACACCCCACAAAGCACGAUGUCAAUCCCCGACCUCCAUCUCUUCCACCACUGGUGCAUUUCAACAUAUUGCACAAUGCGAGACGACGAUCCACACAACGUCUGGCAAUACCACAUUGUACAAUGGGGCAUCGAGUUCCCCCCAAUACUGCAUCUGGUACUCGCUCUAUCUGCACUCCACCUCGCCUACGAACACCCCUCCGAAUGCGAAAAGUAUCUUCAACAAGCAGACGACCAUUUCACGUUCGGAGUGCGAACCGUCACGAACGUACUGUCGUUGGAUAAUCUGAAUGCGGACAAUUGCCAGAUGAUAUACAUGUCGGCUACACUGAUCUGCUUCAUAUACUUUGGAAGAGGACCGCGCCCUGGGGAGUACCUUAUUUUCAGCGACGCCGGUCCAGCGGAGUGGCUGGUUCUCAUGCAGGGUGUUAAAUUGACCCUCUCAUCGUACCAGUGGAAGGUAUUCACUGGGAUCCUUGAGCCGAAACCUGAAGAGCCGCUGCCUGGGAUUGAGCCUUCGACUCGCAUCGAGAUGCAUGAGCACAUUGUGCAUGUCCAGGCAGUGGAAAGUCUCAUCACUGAAGAGAUUCCGGAAGAAGAUCGAUCACCGUACACAUCGGCGAUUAACGGCAUGUACGAUAUUAUGGAGCAGAUCUAUCAAAGGCGGUCGGCGCAGCUGUCUGGAGUUACAUACAUGCACCUAGUGAUCGGGUGGCUAUAUCGUCUCCAGGACAGAUUUGUGGUUUUACUGGAGCAGAAGGAGUCUCGUGCUUUGGCACUUCUCGCUCACUGGGCGGUGAUGAUUCAGUUUAUGGAGAAGACGUGGUUUAUGAAGGGGUGGGCUGAGCAUGUUCUGUCGGGGAUUUCUGUGUAUCUCCAGCCUGAAUAUCGCCCGUGGAUCGAGUGGCCUCUACGUCAGGUGCACCGAAGUGAUGAUCAGGACGGGUGA